UUGGACUCGAAUUCCAUCCAUCGACACAAUGUCCACUAUGUCUACCUCUAUCGACGAUAGUAUUCCUCAAAGCACGUCUAACCCUCUAAUUGACUUGGAGAAAUCCUUUGUCGAUCUACAUGCUUCUAGUCUUCUUAUGGAGUCACUUUCCAUGGACUCGUUAUCAACAGUAUCUUCAGAACCUAAUAUCCCGCCAUUCCCUCCUGGAUGCAUGGUACCCAUGUCGACAAUUCUCAACGUAUCUGUCAAGGCGGGCGAGCUCAACGCAACCAUUACUGUCCCAACUCCUCCACGGCUCCGUACAAUGCUGAUGGAGAAUCUCUGCAUCGAGAAGUGGGCAGAAAGUCUUUCUUCCGAUACUAUUGCCUCAGACCACACGCCAUGGGGAGAUCCGGAAUGUGUAGACGCCCCAGCAUGGGUGCCUGAAGGUUCGAUGUACCCACCUGAAGAGUUCAGAGCAUCUCUUCAAAACAAACGCCACAUUUGGGAACCAACUCCGCCAACUCCUCGAACAUCUACGCGGACCUCUGUUCGAAAAUCUACGUACCAUCGCGAUAACCUAGUGUUUGAACGCAAAAUCACGCUCAGAACUGAAGGGGAGACGAAACGCUGGUCGGUUAAGAUUCCCGCAAACACCAUGGAGUCCGACGUGGUUGACAUGAUGCUGCAAUUACGCGAUUUGAACAAAUAUUUCUCUGACACCCCAGGCCCUGAGGAGGAGGCCGUUAGCCCGCCUCCCUCUCCACCAUCUCUAAUGGUCUCCAAUUCUCACUUUGCCGUACCUAUAUCUCUUGAUUCUUUAGGAACUAUCAACUCUAAAGCUGGUGCACCAACUUCUAUAGCAACUCGGAGGCAGAAAUCGCUCCCGCCACUCUCCUUAAACGACAACAAAAUGAAAGACAUUGUAUACCCUGACAUUCCUACGGCCUUUUUGGGGACGCCUUCAUACGCCCCUCACUUCGACCCUACUAGCGUCGCCGACGAGUCUAUGAACCUCCAGGACAUGGUUGGAAGUCUGCGAUCACGAUGUUCGUCUCUUCAGGUCAAGACUCCGCAGGACGAUGAUUUCAACAGCAUACGGGCCAAUCCGCCGCUUGAUGAUGAAUGGGCUUUUGCAGACGUGUUGAGCCAACCUUUCCUUUCACCUUCGAAUUACUGUGCUACGACAGUUCCUCCAUCAAAAGAUGAUUCAUUUGCACUCGUCACAGACGAUCAGACUGUGCUGCUUGAUGAAACACUUGUCGGUAGUGCUAUUUCAAUGCUCAAGGCUCUUGAUCCCAAUCAUCUCAAGUUCCAUGGACCACCGUCUGGGAUUCCGCCUGUGGCUUCAGACUACCUUCCUCCCUCGUCACCUCUUCCGUCUUGUCCAGUUCCUACAAACGCCAUCUUGCCCCGUGGUAUAUUGAAGCGAUGCAAAAGCGUCAGGUUUGCGUCUUCGAGUCAGGAAUACGAGAUUCCGGUGCAGAGCAGUGCCUCUCCACGCUCUCGUCAUACAACCGGCACAUCUACACCACUUAGCCACCGAGCAAUGAAGCGCCACGCGAUCAAGGCUCCUACAAGCAAAAGGGUUCCCCCCCAGGAUAUUACGCCUAGUAAAGAUCAGCCCACGUUUUUACAUGCAGCCGAACGUCAGAAACCUAGGACUAUUGUUCGUUCUACAGUCAUGGCCUCUCCGCCUCGGGUGAUGUCGACACCACCCGUUGAGAGACGUCCAACAUCUCUUCGUUUCCUAACUAAGACGACGGUCAGACAUAGUCAACCUGCGGUCUCUUCCCCUAUAUCAACGAUAGAGGAGCGCUUGCGCUCGCCAACGACGUUAACAGCAACUACGAAUGCAUCACCCCUGAAGUCAAGGCCUUCUCACACCUCACCCCUGGGCCGUUAUUCUUUUGGUCGUGCAGUGGUCAAUGCACUCCAAGGAGCUCAAGGUGUUGGCAGUGGUAAGGAAAACCAGGCAAAAUCGAAGGCGUCACUAUCCCCGGCAGGAAAUCCAUCAAAGUCGACGAUCGAUGAGAAUUCAAUAAAGCGUGGGAGGCAGGGGGAAAAGAAGAGUCGUAUGCCGUUGCCAUUGAAGAAUAUCUUGACUCGAUUCAAAUAAGUGUACUGAUGAUGGGGCGGGUUGGACUGGUGACUCUUAACCGCAGUAUUGCAUGUCUAGAGUUGACUACUAUGAAGCGGUCUCACCAGACCCGAAAAAACAAUCAC